AUGAGGCAGAAAGUUCUUGCAACAAAAGCAGUGUACACAGCCCAGACAGGAAUUGUUGUGGCAGAGGAAAUCGGCGACAUCCUGAAAGAAUUUUGUGUGUUUGAUAAAGUAGUAGCAGUUACUGUGGAUAAUGCGGCCAAUAUGGACGUAGCCAUCAAACGGCUACAAUUUGUGAAGCUCGGCUGCUUCGCUCAUACACUAAACCUAGCAGCACAAAGUCUGUACUCCAGCAGCUUGGUGGCUCAGUGGACUGCAAAGAUUCGUGCCAUCAUCGUCUGGAUGAAGAGGUCGUCAAUGGCAAAGGUGGUUCUACGAGAAAAGCAGGAUGUCCUAAAAGGGGAUUUCACCAAGGCAGAACACUUCAUCAGGCUGAUGCGAGUUCUUUACACCUGCACACUCUGUGUUUCCACCGAAAAAAGCCCAUCAGCUGGACAGAUCCUGCCGAUCAUCCAAAAGCUUGAGAAACACUUCGCCCCUUUAAAUGGAGACACAGCAUUUGUAGCGGACUUGAAGAACAGGGUCUGGAGAAACCUGUCUGCCCGGUACAAGAAUGAGGACAUCAGGUUCUUCUUGGAAGAAGCCACUGCCUUAGAUCCCCGCUUCAAGAAUAAGAUGGUCAACAAUGCUGCAGUCUGGGAACGGAUUAAGGGGAAGUUGCUGGCAAACUCUGAGGAGUCAGCGCCAGCGGCAGUCCAUGACCAUGCAGAAGAGGUUAGUGUGACGCAGGGCGAGGGAAACCAGGAAGGUCUGAAGACUGACAGUGAAGAGGAAGAGGAGAAUCAGCCUCCUCCUUCCAAACAAUCCAAAAAGUCUCCACUGGAGGAGCUUUUUGCUGAAGAGGAUGCCAUGAAGAGGACCUCACAGGAGGGGUCUCGGAGUCAGGGUGCUGGAGCCAUGGUGGUCCCUGUGGACAUGGAGACGCUGCUGCGGGAGCAGGGGGGGCUCCUUGGGGGGGCCCCUGCUGCUGGUGGAGAGGAGGGGCUGUGUGUGGUGGGGGUGUUUGGGAAGAGCGGGCUGCAGCCUGGUUCUCUGAAGGAGUCUCUGAUGGACACUCUGCUGGACAGACACGUGUUCCCGACCUUUGCCUCCUCGCUCCCCGGCGCUGGGGGCUGUGGGCUCCAGGUUCUGCAUGAGCCUGAGCGCCGUGUGCUGUACGUCCUCAUGAGCUCCGCGUGCGACAGCCGCGAGCUGCUGCGCACGUGUGCCGCUAUGAGCUCCGGCAGCGCGCACACGGACGCACACGAGCUGUGGAAGAGCCUGGAGCGAGAGCACUGUCUGCACCUGCUCUACAUGUUCUCCGUCUGCCACGUCAUGCUGCUGGUGCACCCCAACCACACCUUCGACGUCACCUACGACCGCCUGUUCCGAGCCGUGGACGCCCUGAGGCAGAAGGUGCUGCCGCUGCUGCGUGCCGCCAUCAAGGACUGUCCCGUGUCCAAGGAGUGGAAGCUCAACUGCCGCCCCUGUCCCCCGCGCCUGCUCUUUGUGUUCCACAUGAACGGCACUUUGAAGGUGAGUACUGGCCCCGACACUGGAGCAAACCCUGAGAAACCCAAGAAGCACUCCCCUCGGCGGCGGCUCCAGCACGCCCUGGAGGACCAGAUCUACCGUAUCUUCCGUAAAAGUCGCGUCCUGACGAACCAGAGCAGUAACUGUGUGUUCACGGUGCCGGUGAACCAGGCCUUUGUGUACGUGGUGCCGGGCCCCGAGGAGGACCCAGUGGGCUCUGUGCUGGGCCAGCUGCAGGCGCAGUGUGCUCUGGGGGAACAGCAGUCUGUGUUAGGCCCCAAGAGAUACCACCUCAUGAGGCGCUCCACAAUGGCCCCUACUCCUCCAGAGGUGGGCUCUGGACCCUUCUCUGGGGCCCCUCAGGACUGCUCUCUGAAGGAGUUCCUGUGGCAGCACAUCGAGCUGGUGCUGUCAAAGAAAGGCUUUGAUGACAGUGUGGGUCGAAACCCUCAGCCCUCGCACCUGGAGCUGCCCUCCUUCUCCAAGUGGCUGCAGGUGGCCUCCAGACUGCACCAGGUCAUGUUGGGGCCCCUGGAGGACGAGCACAAAGAGCUGCUGCUCAAAGUCCAGAACCAGCUCAAAGUGCUGGAGGGCUUUCUGGACGCUGAUGCCAAGUUCUCGGACAGUCGCUGUCAGAAGGCUCUGCCCCUGGCCCACAGUGCGUACCAGUCCAACCUGCCUCAUAACUACACCUCCACGGUCCACAAGAACCAGCUGGCCCAGGCCCUGCGGGUCUACAGCCAGCACGCCCGCGGCGUAGCUUUCCAGCGCUACGCUCUGCAGCUACACGAUGACUGCUACAAGUUCUGGAGCAGCGGGCACCAGCUGUGUGAGGAGAGGAGCCUGAGUGACCAGCACUGUGUGCACAAGUUCCACCUGCUGCCCCAGCCAGGAGAGAAACCAGACCUGGACCACAACCCACCGAUCCUGCAGCACAACAGCAGGGGGCGCUCCACCAGCAGCUGUAACUGUGGGAGGAAACAGGCCACCAGAGAAGACCCCUUCGACCUCCAGGCGGCCAACUACGACUUUUACAAGGCGCUGGAGGAGAAGUGCUGUGGGAAGUUGGAGCACCUGGACUUCCCUGUGUUUGAGUCCAGCACCGCAGACCCUGCUCCAGCCUCUGAGCCCGAGCAGCAGGGCCCCGCAGAGGGCACGGGGCCUGAAGACAAGAGCCACACUCCAGGAGAGGCCCAGAGCCUCAGUCUGGCCCUCAGCCUGGGCCACUCCACUGACAGUCUGGAGCACUUUGGGGAGGGGGACUCUACAGAGGCCCCUCGGCACAAGAGGCCCAGCCUCCUGGACCGUCAGCCCUCCACAGUGGAGUACCUGGCAGGCAUGAUGCACUCGGGAUGUCCCAAGGGCCUCCUGCCCAAGUUCUCCAGCUGGUCCCUACUGAAGCUGGGGCCCUCCAAACUCUACAAUUGUCACGUGGGUCUGGAGCAGCCCAGCUUCCUGCCCGGCUCCAGCUUCUUACUGCCCUGGGACCUGGUGAUCCGCUCUCGCUCUGAGGAGGAGGGCCUGUCCCAGUCUCUGGACAGCUCUGGCCUCUGGCCCGUUCCCAACAAGAGCGUGUCAGGAAAGAGAGGGGGCCCCGGGGGCCCCGGGCGCAGCCGCCGCAGAGAUGACGUGGCUCGUCUGUAUGUGGGCUUCUGCUACGAGGACAGCAGGGGGCGCCGCUUCAUCAGCUCUGGUCCUGAUAAGAUCCUCAAAGUCCUAGGACCUGGAGGGGCUAAAGAGCCCGCCUCCCGGGUCCUGAGCACAGACAUGCCCCUGUACAUGCCCUCGCCCUCUCAGGGCAGGGGCCUCAAGCUGCACCUGGCCCAGCUCUCCCACCUCUACAUCCUGGUCCCGGACGCACCGUUGGAGGUCACACUGAGCCCACAGGUGCAACCUGGGCCCCCUCCCUGCCCCCUGUUCCACCCGGAGCAGCCGGAGGUUGUCCUGCCCCCAGACGGACUGUGGGUUCUGCGUUUCCCCUUCGCCUUCGCCACAGAGCGAGGCCCCUGCUUCCCCCCAAAGGACGGGCAGCCCCUAAGUGACUACAGACUGCUGCGCGGGGUCCUGCGGGCCUGCCCCGUGCCCCCCCCUCACCCCUGA